AGAGGAGAUGCAUGAAACAUCCAACAUGUUUAAGAGGAGCCACAUAAGUUUCCAUGUAAGCUUAAUUUCUCUCUCACUACUCUUUUCUAAUUUGUAACUCCCAACCCCCACUUCCAUCUUUGGGAGAUUCAUUUGAUUCUUUUCCAUUCAUGCUUUCCCCCCCUCUCCCUAUAAUAAUAAUAAUAAUAAACAUCAAUCACAAGUACAAAACCCCCCCAUGUUAUUUGUGCCCUAACAACAACACCAUCAUGGAUUACUACAACAUGGAUGAGACUUUUCAAAAAGAUGGUGAGAAAAAAGUGGGUAGCGAACACGCAGAGGCCGUAACACCACAACUCGGAAGCAAGGCAGAAGGAGAGGACAGUGACGAAGGAACGUCGGUCGAGCUCGACCUGAUCGGUUCGCUCGGCGCGACCGACCGGCCCCCGUCGUCGUCAUCGUCGUCGCCGCCGCCGCCUUCGCCCGACCGUGAGCCGCCGCGCGUGUUCUCGUGCAACUACUGCCGCCGCAAGUUCUACAGCUCGCAGGCGCUCGGCGGGCACCAGAACGCGCACAAGCACGAGCGCAGCCUCGCGAAGCGCGGCGCCGCCGCCGCCGCUAUGAUGCUGCCGCCGCCGCNACGGGGGGCCUGCGGCAGCGGCCGCGUUGCACGCGCACCACGGGUGGCUCUUCGGGCAGGGCCACCGGAGGUGGGCAGCGCCGUCGGGGAGUGCGGCGGCAAUCGGACGCAUGUAUCCGCAUGA